AUGCACAAAGGUCGGUUCUUUGGUCAAACCCAUUGGGUGCACGGUGCCGCUGAAUACCUAAAAAUGAUGGAGACCGUUGAGCCUCUCCUCCUGGAUGAGACAUCAAAAGUCCGCCAUGACGUACAGAAAUCUAAGUACCUGAGCCAGAAAGUCAAGUUGCGUCGGACUCCUCCAUGGCCUACCUCGCCCACAGCAGAGAUGCCUCCGAAGGAAGUAGCUGAUUCGCUCGUGGAGAUCUACCUGCGGACAUUCGAAAGCGUCCGUCGCGUCUUGCAUAUACCCUCAUUUAGGCGAGAUUACGAAACUCUAUGGGCAUCAGAUGAUCCACCAGACAUGGCAUUCGUGGUACAGCUGAAACUAGUGCUGUCUCUGGGAGCCGCCAUGUAUGAUGACAAUUUCUCUUUACUCCCGUCGGCUGUCCGGUGGGUUCGCGAGGCCCAGACCUGGUUCUCUGAACCGGCAUCCAAGUCUCGCCUUACCCUGCAGUUUCUCCAGACCAAUAUCCUGUUGAUCCUUGCUCGUGACGUCGUGGGAGUCAGUGGCACUUUAGUUUGGAUCUCUGCUGGGAGCCUCCUGCGCCUGGCAAUAUUCAUGGGACUGCACCGUGACCCUUCCUAUCUACCAGGGAGGAAGAACAUGUUCACCGCGGAAAUGCACCGGCGCCUCUGGAGCACCAUCUUGGAAAUCACGCUGCAGACGAGCCUAGAGUCUGGCGGACCGCCGCUCCUAUCGCUAGAUGACUUUGAUACCCAACCGCCGGGUAAUUUCGACGACGACCGGAUCACGACGGAGGAUGCUGCCCCCAAACCCCCAGAAGAAUUUACCCAGAUGUCCAUAGCACUCGCCUUGCGAAAGUUAUUCCCCCUCCGUCUUGCCAUUCUGAAAUUCCUCAACAGCAUCGACGCCCAUAAAAGCUACAACGAAACGCUUCGCUUAGACUCCGAGCUGAGGUCAUCCUACAAAUCCAUCUGUCGCGCUCUCCAAGCCUCCCGUUCACAGAGCGGAAAGCAUCCCUCACAAUUCCAGACCCAUAGCUUGGAGUGGCUCGUGCAACAAUCUUUCCUUGCUCUCCAUGUCCCAUUCUUUACCGCCACCAUGCACGAAACGGCCUUCGCAUUCUCCCGCAAAGUCGUCAUCGACUCGUGCAUCAAGGCCUGGUGUGCCAUUCACCCGGCGUCCUCGAUCAUGAAAUCCUCCUUGCAGGCCGACAUAGCGCCCACAGAGCUGCAAGACAUGCUCCGACUUGUCACCUGUGCAUCCGGGACCGUGCGAUACGCCUCCAUGAUGAUCUGCUGUCUCGUCAGCGCAGAGCUCAAGACCCAGAUACAAGAAGAACAGCUAGGCCCCGUGUUGUUGCGACGCGAUCUUCUCUCCAUCCUGGACGAUGCCAAGGAUUGGAUCUGGAAGUGUAUCGGGACAAGCGAGAUGAAUUUCAAAGGCUAUAUGCUUUUGUGUAUGACUUGUGCGCAUAUUGAUGCCCUCGUGCGAGGUACUCCGAAGGAACUGAUUCCGGGGGUUCUUCUCAAAGCCGCGGAGGAUUCUGCGGCGAGAUGUCUAGCUUUUUUUCAGGAAAAAGCUGGCGUGGAUGAGAGCGAAUGCGGGAUCGAUUUCGAAGAAAUGAGUGCUUUCUCUGGUGAUAAUUUGCCGGAUGUACUAAUGGGUGACUGGUGGUUCUCGAUGCCUUAUGUACAGCCGAAUUUCGAUGUCACGGACUCGAUGAAUUGGGUUUAUAAUGGCAUGGCUUCAUCGACACAAAUGCAGUCUACGCGCUCGGGAGAGCAAAUUUGGUGA